AUGAUUGACAACUGCUUGAAUGUCAGUGCACAGUUUCGUUAUCUUGAUAGCGCGCUGUUACACAAUAUUGAGAAGGGGGGAACGUUGAUGUUUUUCACGGAUUCAAGAUUCAAUCUCCGUCGUUUGCUCGUGUAUAAAGGCGUAGCAAUACGUACAAUAGAACAUCAAAACAGUGCCGAACUCCGUUUAAAACAAACAGAUGCGGGAUCUUUAUUCUUUUACAACACGAGUCAGAACGUAUGUGCUAAGCCUUCAGCAAAAUAUGUAUUGAGGAACGCGACUUGUGACACAGAAAAUCAAAAGUUUACUUUUGGUAAGCGAAAUGUGUAAGGUAUAUCACUGUACAAUUUUGUCAAAUGACAAAAUAGAUGGACAACUUAUAUUAUUUAAACCGCCAGGUUCUGUAGGGCUGUACCUGUACGUACCUUUACGUUAGUAAAAGUAUUAGUAAAAUAAAAUAACAUAGAACAUUUUAAAAUUGGAUAGGCAGAAAUUUUUGAUGAACCGUAAGGGCAUUCAUCGGUACCUAUAGGAUGCUUCCCAGGAAAAUUUAAAAAGUUGAAGCUUAGAUGAUUUGACUUUGUGGAGCUUCAAUAGACAGCAACUACAUGAAAAACGUAAGUGAACUACAUGUACCUGUACAUGUUAAAUGCUCACACUUGUUAAAAAGAGCUAUUUGAAAUAAUUAAGUCAUCUUUUUUAUCGAUACCUACUGUGGUCUAGAUAUUAUUUAUAGGAAAUGUGUUCACGACAAAGUCGAUUUUUAUAAUUUUAGAAGGGAGCUAAUUCUAAUGGGGGGCUUCUAUAAUUCCCUUCCUUAGAUCGAUAGACCCCUCACUUUCCCCUUCCCACCGCUCAUUUGAUAUCAUGUUUCGUUAUGUAAAAGGAGACAUCCUAAUAAAUAUCUACAGUUCAAUUUUUACAGUAGCUGCGUGGAUGAAUUGGGGCGUAAGAUUCAUACUCUAUAGUCUAUUUUAGGUUCAGUAACAGCCUACAACGCUAAAUUGGAAUAUGUUCAUUGUUCUCCAAAACAAAAGAUGGUGGUGAAGAGCGCUGAUUAUGGAGACUUUAAUAAGGAUGGUGCCUUUAAUGACGAUCAAAAUAUUGAUACAACGUGCAGCAAGUUAACCAAUUGUCAGGUGAAAUCUCUUUGUGGUGGAAAUAGAUCUUGUGAACUGACCAUGGAUAAAAAUUUACUACCAUCACCAUAUUGUUCGGAUACUUCCAAAGAAAUUUAUACCAAAUACACUUGUAUGGAUACCUACAACUCCUCCAUUAUAACUACAG